CAUACAUAAAAGGAUAAUGAUAUCUGGGUUCAUGUCGUGGUGUUGGUUUUCCUCGGUGACGAACAUGGUGGUGCAAGUGCAUCUCAGUACUCUCCUACCCUUAACUGUGUUCAUCUUAUUAUGGAGCCUUGAGGGUGCCAUAGGAGACCCUCAAAUUCUUCUGCUGAACAAGGGUUGUAGCCAAUACAACGCCACGGAUUUGUCCACUUUCAACCAAAAUCUGAACGCAACUUUGGAUGAUCUCAGAGUUCAAGUUACCAACCAAAGCAAGCACUUUGCCACGGCUCAAGAAGCUAGAGGACAAGACCCUGUCUAUGCCAUGUUCCAAUGUAGAAACUACCUCUCUACCACCGACUGCGCCGCCUGCUUCGCCGCCGCCGCCGCCCAAAUCCGCAACUGCUCCGCCGGGGCCAACGGUGCCCGUGUCAUCUAUGACGGUUGCUUCCUCAGGUAUGAGAGUGCUGGCUUCUUAGACCAGACAACUUUGCCUGGGAACAGUAUGAUUUGUGGAAAUCAGACAGCAGUUGGAGCCACUGAUUUUAACACAACUGCACAGCAAGUGCUGAAGGAUCUGCAAAUUGCAACUCCCAAAAUCACAGGUUUCUUUGCAGCUACCAAGACACAAGUGGCUGGUGCUGCAAUCUAUGCCAUUGCACAAUGUGCUGAAACUGUCUCAGAGAGUGGUUGUCUGGAUUGCCUCACAGUUGGAUACAACAAUAUUCAUGUUUGUUUACCUAAUACAGAGGGAAGAGCCUUUGAUGCUGGCUGUUUUAUGAGAUAUUCAGAGACAGCCUUUUUUUCUGAUAACCAGACCAUUGAUAUCACACCCUUCUUGCAACAAGGGAGUUCAAGCAAAAAGGGGGCUAUUAUUGGUGGGGUUGUUGGAGGUGUAGCUCUUAUUGUAAUCCUCCUUGCACUAGUUGCAUUGCUUAGAUGGUACAAGAAACCCAAGAAGGUUCGAAGAGGUAACAUAUUGGGAGCAACAGACUUGAAAGGUCCAGUUUCCUUCAGGUAUAAGGAUUUGAAGGCUGCAACAAAAAAUUUCAGUGAUGAAAAUAAACUAGGAGAAGGAGGUUUUGGAGAUGUAUACAAGGGCACUUUGAAAAAUGGGAAGAUAGUUGCAGUGAAGAAAUUAAUUUUAGGACCAUCCGGGAAGGUCGAUGAUCAAUUUGAAAGUGAAGUGAAGCUUAUAAGCAAUGUUCAUCACAGGAAUCUAGUUCGACUCCUUGGAUGUUGCAGCAAAGGCCAAGAAAGAAUCCUUGUUUAUGAAUACAUGGCAAAUAAAAGCUUGGAUAGAUUCUUAUUCGGUGAAGGAAAUGAUUCCCUCAGUUGGAAACAAAGAUAUGACAUAAUUUUAGGCACAGCAAAGGGUUUGGCUUAUCUGCAUGAGGAUUUCCACGUUUGCAUCAUACAUAGGGAUAUAAAAACUAGCAAUAUCCUCUUGGAUGAUGAAAUGCAACCAAGAAUCGCUGAUUUUGGGUUGGCAAGACUUCUACCAGAGGACCAAUCUCAUCUCAGCACAAGAUUUGCAGGAACAUUAGGAUACACAGCACCAGAGUAUGCAAUCCAUGGUCAGUUAUCAGAGAAGGCUGAUGCCUACAGCUUUGGUGUUGUACUUCUAGAAAUCGUAAGUGGCCAAAAGAAUAGUGAACUGAGGGCAGAUGCUAAUGGUGAAUUCCUCCUUCAAAGGGCAUGGAAGCUGUAUGAGGAAAACAUGCAUUUGGAGUUGGUUGACAAGAAAUUGGAUCCUGCAGAGUAUGAGGCAGAAGAAGUGAAGAAAGUGAUAGAGAUUGCUUUGCUUUGCAUUCAAGCAUCAGCUGGUGCAAGGCCAACAAUGUCUGAAGUAGUGGCCUCACUGAAAAGCAAGAAUUCAUUAGGGCAAACUAGGCCUUCUAUGCCUGUAUUUGUUGAAUCUAACUUGAGGACUAGGGCAGCUGACACCUCUACCUCAACUGGUUCCUCCACAUCUAAUGCUACUGCUUCAAUUUCUAUGCCCUCAGCUCGAUGAAUUAAGGGAUUAAACGUUUUGAGUUACUGAAGGAAAUAAUGUUUGAAAAGAAGGGGAUUUUUCUUCCAUAAUUCUUGUACUAUUGUUGCUCAUUUAGUGCUACAAAUAGUGAUUGAUGUGAAGUUGAUGAAUUUGGCCACUUUGUAGAAGUGAAGCACACUAGUGAAGAUUUGGACUGGCUAGGAAAAGAGGGUCAUUUGCUCCCAUUAACUUUGCAUUUUCUUGUAAGAAAGUUUGGGUAUUUUUCUGGACAGAAUUUUCACAGUGUAUACAAAAACUUCCACAAGUGUUUGAAAAAUUCAAAUUCAUAUUAGAUAUCAUUGAUAGGUUAAAGUACAUUUCAAAGUGUUUGAUUCUGUA